UCCCACAUAUAUAGGCCUAAGCUCCAGCUCUUCGCUUGAGUGUUGAGUGAGUUUCUGCUAUCCAACAGCCAUGAUGCUCCUAACUGCUCUCCUCUGUGGGCUCCUGUCCACAUCACAGCCUUUAUUUGUAAAGACUGAUGACAACGCUGGCAACAACAUUGAGGACGAUGACUUCAGUGUCUCCACCCUGCUGGAAAAGGCCAAUGCUAACCUGGGGAAGAACUUGGAUGACCCUCUGGUGAUGUUUGGAGACAUUGCCUUGCCAACGGGUCUACGGAAUGCUGAUCCCUGCACCGCUCGAGGCUGCCUGUGGAAUAAAGACCAGGACGGCAACGUCUACAUUCCUUACAGGAUUUCCAACCAGUUCUCUCAAAGAGAAAGAAGCAUCAUCAUCAGAGGUCUGGAGUCAUUUCAUAACUCAACUUGCCUUCGCUUCAGGCCCCAACAAAGGGAAAGUGACUUUGUGGACAUCCAGUCCCGCUCUGGGUGCUGGUCUUUUGUUGGCCGUCGUGGCGGCGGUCAGGUGGUGUCGCUGAUGCGCAACGGGUGUGUUUUUCAUCAGAUUGUCCAGCAUGAGCUGCUACAUGCUUUAGGCUUCAACCAUGAACAGACCCGCUCCGACAGGGACAGUAACGUCCGCAUCCUUCUGCAGAACGUCAUCCCUGGACAGGAGCAUAACUUCAGGAAAAUCCAGACCAAUAACCUUGGCACUCCCUAUGACUACAACUCUGUCAUGCACUAUGGAAGAUUUGCCUUCUCUAGGAACAGAGAGCCAACCAUUGUUCCCAUCCCCGACCCAAACGUAGAGAUUGGAAGAGCCACCCAGAUGAGUCAGAAUGACAUCCUCCGGGUGAAUCGCCUCUAUCAAUGCAAUUCAACUGUUCUUAAGAAUAAACAAUCUGCGUUGGGAAUGCAGUUCCUCUGAGAGUUCAAAGACCAGUAGCAGACAUACAGAGGAGGCUGCUUGCUUUUAUUGGCUUCUUUGCUGAAAUUAAAACGACUGAACUGUCACUGCUUUUUCCACAAAAGAAUGGAUGUUUUCCAGCUUGAUGCAAUGCAAAUAUUAAUAAAACUAGUCAAAGUGA